CCGGGACUCCACAAGACACUCCAUCGACAUCUACCGACCUUCAAGGUCCUCCGGCAUUUACUCCAAUGUCCGAAAAGGAAACCUAUAAAGGCAGACUGUGGAGUGACUCUGACCCCUCACGGACACCUCGAAGUUCAUCAGUCCACCUAGCACUUCUGGCUCGACGUAAUUCAUGACGACUCCAACGACGCCGAACACCGCGAUUCCACCAACUAAUGCGCACCCGCAUCUGACGGAGGAAAAGCCGGUCACUGCACAUCACGAAAAUCACUCGCCCUACGGAACGUCGACGAUGCUCUCAAACUCUCGCCGUUCAUCGCACAGAGGAAUCAGCGCUCAAGCUGAGUCGGUCAAGGAGUUGACGGCUGUAAACGCCAAGCUUGAAAACCCGCUCCGCGGCAUACCGCGUGAAAAGCUGCUCGCCGAUGUAGAUCGCUUUGCGGAAGAGCACGGCUUGCAGGAUAUCACCGCUGAUUUGAGGAAAGGCGCUUUGGUCGCGCAGGACCCAAAUGCCAUCGACUCCAUCGACCUGCUCGAUGAGAAUGACUUAUAUCAUCUCCGACGUGAAAAAACGCAUCGGUACCACCAAACGCCCACGCUGUACUUUAUGGUUAUCAUGUCAUCGCUCGCCGCCGCAGUCCAGGGUAUGGACGAAACCGUCAUCAACGGCGCGCAGAUCAUCUACCCCUCACAGUUCGGAAUCGGAUCCGGAAGCCAACAUGACUCGUGGCUUGUCGGCUUGGUCAACUCUGCGCCUUAUCUUUGCUGUGCAGUCAUCAGUUGCUGGCUGACCGAUCCGCUCAACAAGAUGCUCGGCCGCAAGAAAACGAUCUUCUUGACUUGCUUAAUCAGCUUUGUCACUUGCAUCUGGAGUGCGCUUACCAAUACGUGGUGGCAUCUGUUCAUCGCCCGAUUCUUCCUGGGUUUCGGUAUUGGCCCCAAAUCUGCCACUGUCCCCGUGUACUCUGCAGAAUGCGCACCAGCCUCCAUCCGAGGGUCCCUGGUGAUGAUGUGGCAAAUGUGGACUGCUUUCGGAAUCAUGCUCGGCGACUUGGUUGACGUGGCUUUCUACUUUGUCGGCGACAAGCCUCAUGUGACUGGCCUCAACUGGCGAUUGAUGCUUGGCUCUGCCGGUAUUCCUGCUCUUCUCGUCUGCAUUCAAGUAUGGUGGGCGCCCGAAUCGCCGCGGUGGUUGAUCGGCCGUGGUCGCUACCGGGAAGCGUAUCAGGAAUUGAACAGACUGCGCUUUGCGCCAGUUCAAGCUGCACGAGACCUCUACUACAUUCAUGUGUUGCUCGAGGAGGAGAAAAAGAUCAUCUCGGGACGCAACCGUCUGUGGGAGAUGUUCUCUAUUGCGCGGAACCGCAAUGCGGCAAUCGCUUCUUUUGUCGUUAUGUUCGGCCAGCAAUUCUGUGGUGUCAACGUCAUCGCCUAUUAUUCGUCCACCGUUUUCUUCCAAUCCGGCUUCUCGCGUGUUUCAUCGCUGUUGUCCUCGUUUGGUUUCGGUCUGAUCAACUUCUUGUUUGCGCUGCCCGCUGUGUUCACGAUUGACACCUUCGGUCGAAGGAACCUACUGUUGUUCACCUUCCCGUUCAUGGCGAUGUGUCUGCUCAUCACAGGAUUCUCGUUCUGGUCACCCUCAGAGACUGGUCGUGUCGCUGGCGUGUCUCUGGGUAUCUACUUGUUCGCCAUGUUUUACUCGCCUGGUGAAGGACCGGUGCCCUUCACGUAUUCUGCAGAAGCAUUCCCACUGUAUAUCCGCGAGCUGGGCAUGAGUUUUGCUACUGCCACGACCUGGUUCUUCAACUUUGUGCUCUCAAUCACCUUCCCGUCGCUGUUGAAUGCGUUUAAGCCACAAGGCGCAUUCGGCUUCUACGCAGCGUGGUGCUGCGUGAUCUGGGUCCUGAUUCUUCUGUUUGUUCGCGAGACGAAAGGUCGAACGCUUGAAGAACUCGAUCAAGUGUUCUCGCUGCCGAUGCGAGAUCACGCUGCCUACGGAUUGCGGCAAGUUCCCUAUGGAUUCCGGAAGUUCGUGCUGCGCCAGCCUGUCGUUGCGGAGAAACUCUACGAGUCUCCGAAUGACAGUGAAUCUUUCGAUGGCCAGGAUUCCAAAACCCGAGGCAACUUGGUCAGAACAGAGAAGGUUGCUGACGGCAAAGUUUGAUUUCACGCCUAUAAUUCCGCAUGUCACUGUUAAUGUACCACUACAUCAAUGUAUAAUAUACUCCUGUUGAUUCUUGAACCUCCGAUUUGCAGUCUGCUCCCAGGAUGCGAAUCCAUCAAUACAUUCGCGAUCAGGUGAUGCACAU